GGUUCUGUUUCUGUCUCAGGAAGAUUUUAGAAGAGAGCCAAGGGGGUUUUACCAACGUUUUCUCCGUCAUUUCAUCACAUUUACUGGAUUAGAAGGCAGAGGGAGAAUUUCUUGGGUUUGUAGACAAAAAGGUAAAAAGCGACAGUUGGGGGAAUAACAACCAUCAUGAUCAGGGAGGGGUGUUUGCUGCCAAAGUCUCCAGAAGCCGUGCUGAUUGAACUUCCUGCCCACCCACAUGCAGGAGGAAUGGACACAGUGGAGGAAUCAGUACAAAACAGUUACAAUGCAGAAAGAAGCCUACCAGGAUCCUCCUCCUAAUUAUGAAGCCAUCACAACCACCGCCCCUCCCGAGAGCUACCCGAUCUCAUCACACACCGGAGAAAGUGCGCUGGUUAAAGGGGUCCCUCCAGGACUUCAAAGACUGCUACAGAUGAACCAGAUCUCCUUGCAAGAGAAAUUCACGGUGUCACAAGACUGGGGGCGGAGCUUUGAUGUUCUGGAUCAGAUGGGUCAGCGGAUGUAUCAGGUCACCCAGUAUGUGCAGUGCUGUGGGCCCCUCUACGAUCUGAAGGUUCGAGACAACGCGGGUCAGGAGGUCAUGGCGUUGCUGGAGAGCCGUGCGUGCCGCUGUUCUCAUCUGGUGGAGGUGAUUGUCCCAUCAUAUGGGCUCGUUGGAUUGGUCACUUUGAACUGGAACACCUUUGUCACCCAUUUGUCCAUCAUGAACCCCUCAAAGGAGGUUAUUCUUCUUAUUCUGGGCCCCAGCUUCCAGACCAGCAUCUUCGGGAAUGUAACCUUUGAGGUGAAAUCUCGGGAUGAGCAGCAUGUGGUGGGGAUGAUAAAAGGUGAGGGGAACAAGUACAUCGUCACAUUUCCGAUGGACAUGGAGGUGACGAUGAAAGCCAUGAUAAUGGCCUCCUGCUUCUUUCUGGAUUCCAUUAUUAAUGAAAAAAGGAGAUACGUGGCAACCCGUCCGAGCAGCGACUAAGCAGAUGUUGACGUCUCAAGAUGUGAACUGGUCUUCCCAUGUCAUGACUACAGAUGCAAAUACUAAGUGGUCAGAAAAUAAGAAACUCUGUUCAGUAUCUUGUUGGAAAAAUCUUUGUCCCUAUCCCUGAAGUUACUCUAUGAUGGUCCUGUAGCCCACUGGGGUUAAAGCUGGUCUAGGUUCAUGCACCCCAGGUUUAAUUUAGAUAAUAUUUGGGCUCUUUUUGAUUCUGCAAUACUGAGGAUUCCUGAUCGCAAAAACCUCAUUCCUAGUAGAGAAACCUGCCUAUCAGAGCCAGAUUUGGAGGAAUUCACAUCACAAGCAUACAUUUUUUUCCUAAUAGAGAUACACGCCUACCAGUAACAGUUUUGAAGAAAUCCUCAUCAUCACAAGUGGAUAUCCCAUUCCUAAUGGUGAUGCUAGCCUGUCAGAGCCCGUUUCAAAAGAAUCCACAUCACAAGCAGAGAUCUCAUUCCCAAUAGAGAUAUUAGCCCACAAGAGCCAGUUUGGAUUGAAUAUUGUCAGGAGCUUGUUGUGCUCCUGCUCCAUCAUAGCUGCUGGUUCCAGCAUCCUGGUUUUAGCUAUGAUGCAUUCUUGUCUGUCCACCUGCAAGGUGAUUAAUGUGGCCAGUCUCUGGGUGGAGACCAAACCUGAUGUAAGCCAGCCAAGCCUGCAGUCCUAUGCACAUACUCCAAGCUCUCUGUUUGUCUGACCUGCUCUGCUAGUUUGGAUUCCUUCAUUGAUGACCUCAGAUUGGAUAUUGACUACUCUCUGAACUCUGCCUGCCUUUUGACUACAGAUUUGUACCUGACUAUUCUGAACUUUGCCAGCCUUGUACCUGGACUUACAUGUAACCACUCUGCCUGUCUGCCAACCACAAGUACCUGUCUCUGGGUGGAGACCAAACCUGGUUUAAGCCAGCCAAGCCUGCAGUCCUAUGCACAUAUUCCAAGCUCUCUGUUUGUCUGACCUGCUCUGUUAGUUUGGAUUCCCUCGUUUGACGACCUCAGAUUGGAUAUCGACUACUCUCUGAACUCUGCCUGCCUUUUGACUAUGUAUUUGACCCUGACUAUUCUAAAUCUUGCCUGACUUGUACCUUGACUGUCAUUAAACCACUCUGCCUGUCUGCCAA